AAAGUAAUAUGCGGAGAUCUGCAGCACCAAGUCGUACUAGUCAGUCUCAAGAUCUGUCGAUAAAUUCCAACCUCGUAAAGACGGCUGAGUACAAGCCAGUUUCACACUGUUCCUCAAGUCCUAAAAUGAACAAUACGCCUACAAAUUUUAAUUUGUCUCAUGCUACGAAAUGUUCCAGGUAUUUCGAGGCUGUAUAUGCUAAAGCAUCGACUAAAAAGCAUAAAAAAUGGGAAGGAGAUGGUUUUGUAGAGGUUGAAGGUCGAAUCAUAAAGCUUAUCAAUGAAGAUUUGAAAGUAAUAGCAUCUGCUUCUGGUCAUAAAUUAGCUUUUUUAAAUGAAAUUGAUAUUGGUUCGGUUGUUCAUAUUGGGUCUUAUGAAGCAGAGCUUAUUUCACUGAUAGAGAAGCCACAGUUAAUUAAUCUUUCCUCAAAAUCAAAUGAUGGCACUGAGGCGUUACAUGCACCGGCAAAAAUUUCGACAAGCAAACCAAGCACAAAUCUCAGUUUCUCACCAAAGGUACCGUUUACAUAAUAUCUAUUUCCGGAAUAAUUUUUAUUUGAGUCCAUUUUAACCUCAAUCCUUUAAUCUCUUAAAAUCUUUCAAGGAUAAUAGUCUUUCGUAUUUGAUACCCUUAAGAUCAACCUAGGAGACUAAUAAGUGAUUACACUGACGUUUCGUUCUGAAAUACAGAAGUUGAAGGUACAUCUGCAGUUGUAUAAACUAAUUUUUCUGCCUUAAAACCUUAGUUUGACGGAUGGAGUUGCUGAGACCAUCUAAACAAGGAAAAUAACUUCAAGAUAUUACAAGAGAAUUAUUCGAUAAACUUAAAUACUAAGAGACAUUGACAUACGUUUACAAAGUGUUAUGUUGUCUGAGAUUGCAUGUGGGCAUUAGUUACUCACUAGUCAUUUCUUUGUGUAAGUUCUUGUGACAGAUUGCCGUAUACUUACUUCUAUCCGUUGAUAAAUCGUACUGUCCCAUUUCAAUUUAGAUUUUCAAACAAAACAGAAAAACCGGUCGGAUUCUGAAUGGCAUCUAGAAUGAAUGAGUCAAAUGCUAAUUUUCAUAAUAAACACAUUUCAAAGUGGUUUGUUUUCCUGUUUUUGCUGCAUCGAAUUUGUUUCAUUCCACCGUCUAGUUUCAGUCGUUAAGAAAAUUUACCUGCUCUGUUUAAGGGAAUAUUGAACUAGAAAAUAAUUUGAGCCCGAUAAACUUGAAGAAAAAUAUUUGGGGCAGAGAUUGGUCGACUUUCAUCACGAAUAUUAUCGUUUCUUAUCAAGUUUCAUUUCUAAUUACUGGAAACUAGUGUAUUAAUUAUGAUUUUUCUCAUAUUUACAUAGUAUUAUUAUCAUAGGAAAAAGCCUGGUAUGAUAGGAGAUCGAGAAAUUUCCCACAAAAUGUGAGCUAACAAUAUUGUAGGGAAAAGGACGUGAAAACUUAAAACUAGUCAGUAAAGAAAUAAAUGUAACAAAAUAAAUGUUUAUUAAACAAUACUGAUAUAUUCUUAACGCAGCAAAGUUAUAUUUCACCUCAUAUAAAUGCUUCCUCAAUAACAUUGCCUCUAAACGAAUUGAGGGCAGCCUUCAUGUAUAGACAGAUAAUUUUCGACAUAGAAUACAAAUGAUAGUUUUCAAGGAAUUGGCAGAAGUUGAAUAUUUGACCGACCAAUCUAUACCUAAACUAAGACCUGUUUGCAGAGUAUUACAGAAAUGAAUAUUCUAGACACGGCUGAUAAGUUUUAAACUGAUGAUUGUUACAAGCAUUUGUAAGCUCUUUAAAAAUGAAUACAACAGCAGCAAACCGUGACUAGUACAUAGCAGAGAUGUGGAUGUUUGUGAGUAUUUAAUGAACAUAAUAUUGACUAGUGUCUGGUGAUCAGUUUUUUAAAUAUACUAGUUCUGGAUGAUAAGGACUAGUUAUCUCUUUUUUAGUAAUGCAAUUAAAUUGUACGAUUCUCACUUUGGCUUUGUGUCUUACACAUCCUAAAUAUUUUAGUUAAUUUUCUAGCAUUGAUUUAUAAAUUGCACGUAUAUUUCCAUAUUAUAUCUCACGUUGUGUACAGCAUAACCUCGAUUUUGGUGUCUUGUAGACGAAUUCCAAAUCAAAACUGAAUGAGUCCUGGGGUUCUUCAAACCAUCUGGUUAUGCCCAAGCCUCCUGCUAACUGCAUUUGGUCUCAGAAUCCCGACAACCUUCCUAUUGUGGAUGUAGUUUUAGAGUCGAAGUUUGCUUCACGUCUACAGCCACAUCAAUGUGAAGGUAUUAUUUUCUUGUAUAAAUGUUUAAUGGGAUUUCAACCGUAUGUUGCUUUAAAUGAAUCUGAUGCACAAAUUACUUAUGGAUGUAUUUUAGCGGAUGAAAUGGGUCUUGGUAAGACAGUUCAAGCUAUUGCCACCAUUUGGCUAUUAAUUAGACAAGGACCGUACGGAGGUAGACCGGUUAUUCAACGUUGCCUUAUUGUAACUCCAGGUACACUUGUUCAGAAUUGGCAAAAGGAAUUCUCCAAAUGGUUAGGUCGUGAACAGUUACCCGUGUAUUGUGUAGAUCAAAAUCAUUCUGUUAAAAAAUAUCUAACAAUGUCCAGUGAUUCACCGCAGGUUAUUCUUAUGUCGUAUGAAAUGUUUCUACAGCAUACUAGUGAAAUCUAUGAAAUUUCCGACUUGGAUAUGGUUGUAUGUGAUGAAGGGCAUAGAUUAAAAAAUUCCAAUAUCAAUACAACUAUGGCACUUUGUCGACUACGUACGCGUAGAUGUAUACUGUUUACUAGGACCCACUACAAAAGAAUACAAGAUGGAAUUGGUCGGCGGACUAUCAAGCAUCUUUCGAGAAAAUCAAGCAACUCCUAACUUCUAAUCUCUUAUUGACACAUUAUGAUCCUUCGCUACCGAUAGUCGUUGCUUCAGAUGCUUCUAACUAUGGUGUGGGCGC